UCAGGAAAUGUCUGACUUCUACGAGGAGAAGCUGAAGCAAGCCGGCGUUCGACUCGAGAAGAACGUCACCGCGGAGCGGCUAUGGGGGUUGGAGGAGCAGGCAAGGACCCCAGGCGCUUGGCAGACACAGCAGUCUGCUACGAUUAUCGUGGACAUAUGUUACCGUGGGGAGUUCGAUACCCUGGGAGGCCGCCGGGUGCACUUCGGCCCCGCGCCCCGGGGGUUCACCGAGUGUCGAGGAGUAGUCCUGCGCAAUACGGAAGAUUGCUUGAUCCAUGUGCCUGCCCGCACUGUCAUCAUCGGCAUCGGCGCGGUGCCCAACUCGGAGUUGUUUCGGGGGAAGCUCGAGAUGUCCGAGGUGGGGACGGGGGACGGACGGUUGGACGGCGGCAUUCUGGUUGACUCCCAGUGCCGUACGGCGGUACAGCCCCCUUCCGAAGACGGGGGCGGCGGCGGCAUUGAUGUCGGUAGCGCUGCUCCCCCCCGGCCUAUCUACGCAGCCGGGGACGUGGCGGCGUUUCCCCUGGCGCUGGAGGGCUUCGCUGCUGUGAGAUACGAGCACAUCCAAAACGCCCGGGACAUGGCUAUCUGUGCCGCGAAAAAUAUGGUGGGAAGUUCCGCGUGGGGAAGCCUGGUUUCGAGCGCCGGGGAAGCGGGGUUCCAGAAGGACUACUACGGCGGCGGGGAGCUUCCCACCUAUCAACCCGUUCCGGGCUUUUCGUCCCGGUUCCUGGGUCUCAGCUGGAGGUUGGAGUUCGGUUCUCUCUCGGAGGCGAUGCUCUCCACCACCUUCCAUCGAUAUCCUGGCAUUUUUAACUUUCCAUACAUUGCCCGUCACUCCCUUCCUUUUGGUGUUUUUCCACUUCACCACGGCACGUUGACACGACGCUUCCUCCGUCUCCGCGUGCCUGGACGUAAACUUCCGAGAAGAUUCUACGGCGUGGCGGAGGGGGAGGUGGUGGUCCUCGGGGCGGCGGAAUUCCGAACGACCCGGACGUUCGGGGCUUUCUGGGUCCGGAAGGAGAGAGUGGUGGGCGCUUUCCUCGAGGGGGGAACCAUCGAGCAGCAGAUAGCCGUGGCUCAGGCCUUUGCCGCCAAGCCUUAA